CGCGUGCCCGCGGCCGUUGCGGCGCCGGGUACGGGCGUCGGCGCCGGGCAUGGGCGGGCGGCGAGAGACCGUUGCUCGGUGUGACGCAUGCGCGGCCGCUCCGCCCGCCCCCACCGCUCGGCCGUGCCGUUCCAUGGGACGCGUGCGGUUGUUUUCUCCCUGCGGCCGGCGGGAGGCAGAGGAGGAAGAUGCCGGGGAAGCUGAAGGUCAAAAUCGUGGCGGGGCGCCAUUUGCCGGUGAUGGAUCGCGCCAGCGACUUGACCGACGCCUUUGUGGAGGUAAAAUUUGGAAAUACAACAUUUAAGACAGAUGUCUAUCCAAAAUCACUUAAUCCUCAGUGGAAUUCUGAAUGGUUUAAAUUUGAAGUAGAUGAUGAAGAGCUACAAGAUGAGCCUCUCCAGAUCACAGUUCUUGAUCAUGAUACCUACAGCGCUAAUGAUGCUAUUGGCAAAGUAUACAUUGAUAUCGAUCCUUUGCUCUAUAGUGAAGCAGCUACAGUUAUUUCAGGAUGGUUUCCAAUUUAUGAUACUAUCCACGGUAUACGUGGGGAGAUUAAUGUCGUGGUGAAAGUAGAUCUCUUCAAUGACUUAAACAGAUUCAGGCAGUCAUCGUGUGGAGUAAAGUUUUUUUGCACUACGUCUAUUCCAAAGUGUUACAGAGCAGUAAUAAUUCAUGGAUUUGUGGAAGAACUGGUAGUUAAUGAAGACCCAGAAUACCAGUGGAUAGAUCGAAUACGUACACCAAGAGCAUCAAAUGAGGCUAGACAAAGACUCAUUUCUCUAAUGUCAGGUGAACUGCAAAGGAAGAUUGGCUUGAAAGUCCUUGAAAUGAGAGGAAAUGCUGUUGUUGGUUAUUUGCAGUGUUUUGAUUUGGAAGGAGAAUCUGGACUGGUAGUACGAGCCAUAGGAACAGCCUGCACGUUGGAUAAAUUAAGUAGCACAUCAGCAUUUUUACCUGCAUGUAACUCUCCAUCCAAAGAAAUGAAGGAGAUUCCCUUCAAUGAAGAUCCCAAUCCCAAUACUCAUUCAUCAGGACCCUCCACCCCUCUGAAAAACCAAACCUAUUCCUUUUCACCUUCCAAGUCCUACAGUCGACAGUCCUCUUCUUCUGACACAGAUUUGAGUUUGACACCCAAAACUGGAAUGGGCAGUGGGAGUGCUGGAAAAGAAGGGGGGCCAUUUAAAACUCUUUUAAGACAGCAGACUCAGUCAGCUCUGGAACAAAGGGAAUUCCCAUUCUUUACCUUGACGGCUUUUCCACCAGGCUUCCUUGUCCACGUUGGUGGUGUUGUGAGUGCCCGUUCCGUGAAGCUCUUGGAUCGCAUUCACAAUCCUGAUGAACCAGAGACACGAGAUGCAUGGUGGGCAGAAAUCAGACAAGAAAUAAAAUCCCAUGCCAAGGCAUUGGGUUGUCAUGCUGUAGUGGGCUACAGUGAAUCAACUAGCAUUUGUGAAGAGGUCUGUAUUUUGUCCGCGUCUGGCACAGCAGCUGUACUGAACCCUAGGUUUCUUCAGGAUGGCACCAUGGAAGGCUGUUUGGAUCAAAGGUUGUCAUGGCAGCCUGGCUUCUUUUCCAUAGGGUCAGAGAAGGGAGAGGUUGAUUUUUUUCCUCACAGCCAAGAUAGUUCUUCUCUAUUAGGGAUUGAAGAAGCUUCACCACCGGGUUGUGGUUUUUGCCAUAUACCAUACGAUGAAUUGAACAUGCCAUUCCCUGCUCACCUCACUUAUUGUUACAACUGCAGGAAGCAAAAAGUUCCCGAUGUCCUUUUCACCACAAUUGAUCUUCCUGUAGAGGCAACCGUUAUUGGAAAGGGAUGUCUUAUUCAAGCCAGGUUAUGCCGUCUGAAGAAGAAAGCUCAAGCAGAAGCAAAUGCAACUUCUAUCAGUAAUCUCUUGCCAUUUAUGGAAUAUGAAGUGCACACACAACUGAUGAACAAACUUAAGCUGAGAGGAAUGAAUGCUCUGUUUGGGCUGAGAAUUCAAAUCACUGUGGGUGAAAAUAUGUUAAUGGGGUUGGCAUCUGCAACAGGUGUGUAUCUAGCUGCUUUGCCAACACCUGGUGGUAUUCAGAUCGCUGGGAAGACUCCAAACGAUGGCACCUAUGAGCAGCAUAUUUCUCACAUGCAAAAGAAAAUAAAUGAUACAAUAGCAAAAAACAAGGAGCUUUAUGAGAUUAAUCCACCAGAACUACCUGAAGAAAUCAUUGGGUCUCCCAUUCCAGAGCCAAGACAACGUUCCAGGUUAUUGAGAUCUCAAUCAGAAAGCUCUGAUGAAGUUACAGAGCUAGAUCUUUCACAUGGGAAAAAGGAUGCUUUUGUCUUGGAGAUUGAUGAUACAGAUGCAAUGGAAGAUGUACAUUCUUUGCUGACAGAUGCUCCACCACCUUCUGGUUUUUACAGUUGCAAUACAGAAAUUAUGCCUGGUAUAAAUAACUGGACACCAGAAAUUCAAAUGUUCACAGCAGUAAGAGUAUCCAGAUUAAGCAAUAUUAAUCUAACAAAUCAAACUCUUAACAAGAACUUCAAUGAUCUGUGUGAGAACCUGUUGAAGAGCUUGUAUUUUAAACUGCGAUCUAUGGUUCCUUGCUGCCUUUGUCAUGUAAAUUUUACAGUCUCUCUACCAGAGGAUGAAAUAGUUCAGAUUGCAGUCACAGCUGUUGCAAUUACAUUUGACAAAGACCAAGCAUUACAAGCUGCUAAACCCCCUGCAGAAAAAUCACAAAAGAGAGCAUCAACAGACAAUGAAGAACAACUACAAUUUCCAUUGGAACUUAGCUCUGAUCCCCUUGCUUCUCAACCAUUCCCAGCAGCUAAAGAAGUCCCGGAGGGUGCAAGUUCCCACUCAGGUAUUCCUGCUGCUCAGAGAGCAACGUCAGUUGAUUACAGUUCCUUUGCAGACAGAUGCAACAGCUGGAUAGAGCUCAUUAAACUGAAAGCUCAGACCAUAAGGCGCGGAUCAAUUAAGACAACUGCUUCACUCGAUAAAGCAAGUCCAUUGGCUGAGGGAUACUUACGACACCGUUCUGUUCCGUCAUGUGCCAAUUCUACCGUCUCUGUUGUUAAGAUGACACCCCUUUCUUUUAUUCCUCGGGCAAAAAUAACCAAAUACCUUGGGAUAAUCAACAUGUUUUUUAUACGAGAAACUACUUCUUUGCGUGAGGAGGGUGGUGUCAGUGGCUUUCUCCAUGCUUUUAUUGCUGAAGUGUUCGCAAUGGUGAGAGCACAUGUUGCAGCGUUAGGGGGCAAUGCCGUUGUCUCAUACAUCAUGAAGCAGUGCGUGUUCAUGGAGAAUCCCAACAAAAAUCAGGCCCAGUGCUUAAUAAACGUAAGUGGAGAUGCCGUCAUCUUUGUACGUGAAUCUGAGCUGGAGGUGUUACCAGUGCAGCCCACUCCAGUAGCUUCCCAACCCACAAGUACUGGAGGAGAUGUUACAACGUGAAGACAGAACGAGUGAAAUAGUCUUCCAAACAAUUUGUUUAAAAUGUGGGAAUGUUAGGACUGCAUCUUCAAAAUCAUUAUCUUCCCUGAACAUCGUUAUCCAAAGUAUAAGACAAUCGCUGUAUUUUGUCCUCUAACUUCAUGCAAUUGUCAGGACAACAUAUUGGUAGGUAUGCUCCGAUUCUUUUGGAAAAAUUGCAGGCUCCUUGGAAACCUGGACAAGCAGAAGCAGUGAUAAGAAGUAUGAUAAGAAAGGAGGCAUCACAAAAAAGUGAACUGAAAUCCCAUUGCGUUUUUCAGCUGUUCAGCAACGCUGCAAUACGUUAAAAUUCAGAGGCAUCCCCGAGUUCUCUUAUUGUAUCAGGUGCUUCUCAGCUCACUUCAAAAAGGAGUGGGUGUGAGCAGGUGGGGUGUGGCUGAGGUCGGGUCAGCAGCCUGCGCUGUGGUGGGGCAGCAGGGGGAGGGAGCACAGGCUGUGAGAUGUGGAGCCUGAACUUGGCUCAGGUCAUGCAGCGUGGAGAGGAAGGAGCAGCACCAAAAUUCCAUAUGAAUUUCUGCACACAGAAAAUAUUUUUCAACUCUUUGAGAACUGCUGGGUUGUUUUGUUUUGUUUAAAUUAUUAUUAGGUGAAAUGAAAUGUUUUGGGUGUUUUUUUGUUCUGUUUUUAAAAAGCUGUCAGACCGCGAUGCUGUGUUCUGAUUUCACUUCAUUAUUGACAAAACAAAUAUUUUUUUAUAUAAGAAUUUAUGAAAAAAUUGUCAUAAAGUUGAUUUCCUUAAGGAAUGUCAUCCUUGCAAAAAAAAAAAAAAAAAAAAAAGAAUCAUAAACCAUCCUCU